ACCACACUCCGUCGGUGCUGGAAAAGUUUGUAAUCUAGGUAAAUGAACAGAGAUUUAACAAUAAAAGAGGAUCAGAUGGACUACGGGCCCCCCCUCAAAGUAAACCAUCGCUUUUGAGGGAUGAAGACCAGAGAGGAUUGUUGUUACCAACGACUUUUGCAACUUUGCUAACGGCACAGCUUGCUUGCUUGCAUUCGCCCUUUUUCUUGGAUGGUCUAUUAGUUUCGUGGGAUCCGUAAAACUGUGAAAGAGAUGGCGGAAACUAAAAUAAUUUACCACAUCGACGAAGAGGAGACACCGUACUUGGUGAAGAUCCCCAUACCGUCGGAACAAAUCACACUAUUGGAUUUUAAACAGGUCCUAAACAAGCCAAACUAUAAGUUCUUUUUUAAGUCCAUGGACCAGGAUUUCGGUGUUGUCAAGGAAGAGAUCUCCGAUGAUGCUGCAAAACUGCCUUGCUUCAAUGGCCGAGUGGUUUCAUGGCUCGUCUCCUCAGACUCUCAGCCUGCGGAGCCAAUUUCUCCCCUUCCUCCUGCUCUUCCUCCUCCUCUGCCUCCUCCUCCCCCUCCCCCAGCUCCAGUGGAGGUCUGUCCGGACCCCUCCCCUCCACCGCCUCCUCUCCCACCUCCUCCUGCGGAGAGACUUGGGGGAAUAGGAGACUCAAGGCCCCCUUCCUUCCAUCCAAAUGUGGCCGGCAGUGUGGAGAACCUGGAUGACCGCACGGAGACCGAGUCUGUGGUGUCCUUCAGACCAAGGCCCAGGCGGAGGGAGAGCAUGGAGCAGCACGGGCCACGCAUGAAUGGCCAGACUCGACUAGAGCGCCACCUAGCGGGCUACGAGAGCUCCAGCACCAUGAUGAGCAGCGAGCUGGAGACUACCAGCUUCUGCGACUCAGAGGACGACGACACCAUGAGCAGGUUCAGCAGCUGCACGGAGCAGAGCACGGCCUCCCGCCUGCUCAAGAGACACCGGCGGAGGAGGAAGCAGCGCCCUCCCAGGCUGGAGCGGGCGUCUUCGUUCAGCAGUGUUACAGACUCCACCAUGUCACUCAACAUCAUCACGGUCACUCUCAACAUGGAGAAGUACAACUUCCUGGGCAUCAGCAUCGUGGGCCAGAGUAACGAGCGUGGGGACGGGGGCAUCUACAUCGGCUCCAUCAUGAAGGGUGGAGCCGUGGCAGCAGACGGCCGUAUAGAGCCAGGAGACAUGCUGCUACAGGUGAAUGACAUCAACUUUGAGAACAUGAGUAAUGAUGAUGCGGUCCGGGUCCUUAGGGAUAUUGUCCACAAGCCAGGGCCCAUCACCCUGACUGUUGCUAAGUGCUGGGAUCCGUCCCCGCAAGGUUACUUCACCUUACCUCGUAAUGAGCCAAUCAGGCCAAUUGAUCCAGCAGUGUGGGUGACCCACUCUGCAGCCCUAACGGGGGGCACCUACCCUCCCUACCCCCCUCCCUCUGUUGCCGGAACUGAACAAUUUCCUCAUCCUCAACUACUGUCUAAAACCCUCCCUUCAGGCUUUGAGGACUUCAACCUGUCUCUGCACUCUGACAUGGCGUCCGUCGCCAAGGCCAUGGCCUCUCCAGAGUCUGGGCUGGAGGUGCGGGACAGGAUGUGGCUGAAGAUCACCAUCCCCAAUGCCUUCCUAGGCUCCGAUGUGGUUGACUGGCUCUAUCACCACAUCGAUGGCUUCAAGGACCGGCGCGAGGCUCGCAAGUACGCCAGCAACCUGCUGAAGGCCGGCUUCAUCCGACACACCGUCAACAAGAUCACCUUCUCCGAGCAGUGCUACUACAUCUUUGGGGACUUCAGCGACUGUGAAAACUACAUGGCCAACCUGUCCUUGAAUGACAAUGACGGUUCCAGUGGGGCCUCGGAUCAGGACACGCUGGCCCCGCUACCUCUCCCGGGGGCUACGCCCUGGCCCCUGCUCCACACAUUCCCCUACCAGUAUCCGCACCCCUACACCACCCAGCCCCCGCCCUACCAUGAGCUCUCCACCUACAACUACACCCCCGGCAGCACCGGCAGUCAGCACAGCGAAGGGAGCAGGAGCAGUGGCUCCACCCGUAGUGAGGGCGAGCGGCGCCGGGGCAGCAAAGGGGGCGGUAGCACUAGCGGCCGCGACGAGAAGUCCCCCGUGGGCGGAGGAGGAGGCGAGUCGCAGUCAGGCAGCGGGAGCGAAUCUGAAUACUCGGUCCGCAGCUGCCGGAGGCGGGAGCUGGGCGGCUCGGCCACGCCCAGCGAACACAGCCACAUGAGCCAGCGCUCCUCGCACCACCGCACGCCGCAGCCGCCGCCCCACAUGCCCUUCCCGCCGGGAAUCCCGCUGCAGUACAACCCCAUGAUGCUCAUGAUGGUACCCCAGCACCCCCACGUCAUAGGGGCGCCACACCCACAGCUGACCCCAGGACCCUCCCCUCUCCCGGGCAUGCUGCCGCCCUCCUCCACCCCUGGAGGGCCGCCCGGAGCGCCACCCACCCGUGACCUGGGCUCGGUCCCACCAGAACUCACCGCCUCCAGGCAGUCUUUCCACCUGGCCAUGGGCAACCCCAGCGAGUUCUUUGUGGACGUCAUGUAGAGCGUGUGGAAACGGAUGUAGGAUAUGCACGCAUCCCAUCCACCUCGCUGAGGAGGCCAGGUGCCGAACGGAAAGGUGAAGAAGGUGCGCACGCGCGAAAGAUCUCCCGAAACUACAGAUUUUAUUGGAUUGAGAACAUCCCCUAACAUUUCAGCCCAUUGGGGUUUCUUCAGGCAAUUUUUGGGUCAAAAUGUUACAUUUCAAGUGAAAACGGUUGUUUGGGGAGAUCUCAGUGUAGCCUAACAUGCCAUGCUAUACCACAGCAUGGCAUUGUAAAGAUGUUAUGAUGCCUAAAUGUGGCACGAAAGACCAUAGCAAACAAUUGUACAGAAUCUCUGAGCAAGGCUUGAGGAUAUAGCUACGAUGCUGGAUAACAAUCUAGUUUUAGAGGUUUACAAAUAAAUACCAUGAAAUAGGUUAUAAAACACACAUACAGGGCUGUUUGUAGUGUCAGAGUGUGCACCGUGCAUUAGUUAUUAAUCAAUCUUCCAUAGCGUUUCAACUGGAAUGGUUCCAUGGUCUCAUCCGCCCAUGUCGUUGAUGAUCAAUCCGUUUAUCUUGUUUGUGGAUCUGUGUCAUUCUGAAUCAGGGGUUUUCAACCAGAGGUCCUUGGCCCACUGGUGGUCCAUGGUUAUAUAUUUCUCGUGGUCUGAGUUGCUAUACAGUUAAACUACUUCAAAUAUAAAUACAUAAACACAGUGGGCCGCCACGCACAACUGCUCAAUCUGAAUGGUAGUCCCUGGGCCAGAAUCAGUUGAAAACCCCUGCUCUGAAUGAUGGACUACUACACCAUAUUUCCAGGACUUUCCCUCUGCACCAAGUGAAAUACCUUCACUGGGCAAUUCAUUGACCAGAACUGGUCAGGUUUUAAUGGAAACAUCAUUCUGACUGUCAAUGGAAACUUUUUAUUUUUUGCUUGUAAAAACAUUUUCAACACAUUCUUUAUAAGAAUAAGUUUUUUUUUUAUUAUUUUAAAUGGUUUAGGAUUGCUUGACAUGUUUUGUUUUUUUUACACUUUCAUAUUUUUAUUUUUAGUUUUUUUACAGUGGACCAAAGGAAACCGGUUCAUUAUGCUAAGAGUUUUUCUACAUUUUGUUUUGUAAAGAAUGAGUAAAUCUGUUAUGAUCUGGUACAACAAACAUGGGAUCAUGUACACAUUCAAGUUUGUUCUCUACAUCCCUUGGUACGUUUGAUGAGAAUGUAAAUUAGUUUCAGGUUUCUGAUGUCUGACCAUAAUAUGGAAAUGAAUGAGAAUGUGUUGCUAAUCAAGUAAAAGUUGUCAUUCUUUUUUUUUUUUUUUUAAUGAAGUGAAAAGUUAUUCCAUAUCACAGAGUGGCUUUGACUUGAAAAGGAUUUUUUGUCGAGGGAACUCUCAUAUCUUUCUGAUAAUACUACCUGGGCCUACAUGGUGUGUUUUUUUUGGUCAGGCCACAGAAGAGAUACUGAACUAGAGAGACUGCAUAAUACUCCUAGAAUCUCUGAACUGAGAGACCAAUAUAAAUUUCUCGACUGUUGUUAUAUCCCUCCUCAGUUCCCCUGUAGCACUCCAUCAUCAUUGCCACAGAAAAAAAGUAUGUUAAUCACAAAGCAUGUUGUCAGUCAUAUUUGUGUUGUUAUCUUUUGUCUGAUUAAGAUGGCAGGAAACCCAGUUCAUGCUAGUAGACACUACACUGCCAAGAACCACUGGCAAGAACUACCGUGAAGAAUGUCAAUAGGUUCAAUGUGGCAAUGUCGCGUGUUAAUUGGAUAUGUUUGUGAAAACUCCACCUUUUUAUUCUUUGCAUUUGUUAGUCUGGUUCAAAAGGUACAAAACUCUUUAACAGCUGGAAAACAUUACCUGUUAUUAUCCUGCUAUCAACCAAAUAGGUGCAAUUAAGGUGUGUGCUUGUGUAGUUCUGCUUUUGUAUAGUCUUUAAUUAUUUUGAUAACCUCGGUACAGGAAUAGGUAAAAAUGAAUUGAAUUGAAUUGUUGUGGUUCCCUUAACUGGUUAGUAGCCUAUAGAGCAAGAACAUCUGUACAAAUAACAAAAAAUGUCUUGUUUUUUCCUUUUUUGUAAAAGAAAAUCAGGGUUAACAUGAAAUGCUGGCAAUGCUGGAUGACCAGAUCAAAUGUCGUUGUUUUUUUAUUUUAUUUAUUACAGCUCUUGAAAACCAGUCUGUCAACCGCUUCAAGACCAUUAUGAAACCUUUGCUAACACUUAAUUUGAAGAUUUGUAUGUAACAUAGCAUGGCAUGACGUAUAUUUUGAACAUUAAUGAGUAGAGGUAUACAGUAGAAGUAGAAGUGCUCUUACUGAUGUAGUGCAUGAUCUUACAUAGUGUGUGUACACACUAGUUAUUACCUAAUGUGGCAGAUGCUCUGCAAGAGUACUUCUACUUUUACUUUAUAUUCCAGGGUUACUCAGUUUUGUAUUGAAAUCAUAUUUGUGGAAUUUGACAUGGCAAAAAAGUGAAUAAUGACUGUGACAAUCAUGGAUAUGAAGGAAGUUCCAUUAAUGUUUGUAAUGGUUUGUGUCAUGUCGUGCAACACCCUUAUUGAAUACAUCUUCAAAUAAAAUGUAACCAAACCUUUUAAAGGAUUUAUCC